CGGGUCAAGUCGUCUCGUCCUUCCUUUCUUCGUCUUCGUCUCAUUCGUUAUUUAUUAAUUAAUAAUUAUUAAUUAAGAAUUUAUGAUUGUUUGUAUGUCUAGCAAUUAGCAUAGCAUCGUAGCCAGAAAGUGCGUCAUUCCACCGGAGCAAAGCAAAACAUCACAACACUCACUAGCACUCCCCACUCAGUGUUUCAAGGUUAGGGUUUCACAGUGUUAGCAAAACUGGAUAGGCACAGAGGAGAACGCUAUGGCAGCAACAACAACAACAAUGAGUUUCACAACAACAAUAACUAUCGUCAGCCCAAUAGGGGUCACUCUCGCUUCUCGGAUUCUCCCAUGAACUACCACAACAAUCGCCGGAGCCCCGCCGCCUUCCGCUCCGGCGCCGCCCCUCACAACCGUGCCUUCGAUAGUCCUCCGCGUCGUUCUCCUCCCAGGGUUGGAGGCUUUCGCGCAGAGGGCCCUGGGGAAUUCGGAUUCGACGGUCACCAGCCACUGCCACUGUCUGGUCAGAAACGAGGGUUUCCUUUCUCCGGACGCGGUGGUUCGCCCGGUGAGUUAUUGUUCUUGUGUUUACCUGGUUUGUUUGGUUUGCUAUGUUGUUGUUAGUGAAUCGCGAAUGAUGAAUAUAGGGUUUUCCUCUUUUCAUUUGAAACGCACUUCAAUUGCUGCUGCUGAUGUUUUGUGCUAUUUGUGACUUGUUGGAAUGACUAUUGCUUUUAGGGUUGCUUGAGCAUGGACAUUUUUAAUUCGGGGUUUGCUUUCAAUUUUUGCAUUGGAGGCUUUGGCGUUGCCAUGGGGAUUUUGUUGAGCAUAUAACUUUUUUGUGCGUAGGAAUAAGGGUUUAGGAGUGCUAAUUUAUUAGGUUAACAUUCAGGUAUUUUACAAUGCUGGUCCUGGCAUUUGCUUCUGUAGGAAGUGUUUAUUUUUGUAGGUGGGGAGAUAGAGCAGCAUUGUUUGUUGGUUAUGUUACUUUAUAAUUUUCUUCAAAGGGAGCCGGAGAAUAUGUCGUGAUUGACUUGUGUUAGUCUAAAGUUGCAACUAGUGGGUGGGAUAAGGCUUGGUGAUGGUUGUAUGUUUCGUCUUGCAAUCUUUGGUUUUUUCAGUUUCUGUUGUGGUUUCACUUAUAGCAACUGUAAAAUAGAAAUGAAUAACAUUUUCCCCUUUCAGAUCGUUUUGAUGGUGGAAAUUUUGCCAAACUUUUUGUUGGAUCUGUUCCUCGAACCGCCACUGAAGAAGAUAUUCGCCCUUUGUUUGAGGAGCAUGGAAAUGUGAUUGAGGUUGCCCUCAUCAAAGAUAGAAAGACAGGACAGCAUCAAGGUUGUUGUUUUAUAAAAUAUGCUACCUCAGAAGAAGCUGAUCAGGCAAUUAGAGCAUUGCACAAUCAACAUACUCUUCCUGGAGGUGUUGGUCCAGUCCAAGUGCGGUAUGCUGAUGGUGAACGGGAACGCCUUGGUAACUACUUGUGCAGUUGAGUACAAAUUAUUUGUGGGCUCCCUGAACAAACAGGCGACAGUAAAAGAAGUUGAGGAAAUUUUCUCAAACUAUGGGCGGGUUGAAGAUGUUUAUCUUAUGCGUGAUGACAAGAAGCAAAGCCGUGGAUGUGGUUUUGUUAAAUACUCGCAUAGAGACAUGGCACUGGCAGCUAUUAAUGCGCUUAAUGGAAUCUAUACAAUGAGAGGUUGUGAGCAACCACUAAUUGUCCGGUUUGCUGAUCCUAAGAGACCUCGUCAAGGAGAUUCCAGGGGUCUUGCAUUUGGAGGUCCAGGAUUUGGUCCUAGAUUUGAUGCACCUGGCACAAGACUUCCAUCCAAUAUUACUGAUCCUAUCGGUGAUCGUAUGCCUCCCCAUAAUACUUGGCGUCCAAUGCAUCCCCCGAAUAUGGGACCAUCUUCUAAUGCUGGUCUUCAUGGAAUGGGACCACCAUUGCUUCCAAGAUCUGGUGACAUGGCUUUGCCUAUAAAUGCAGGUGGUCCUAUGACUGGCUUGGGAGGCCCCCUUGAUGGCCGUUUUCAAAUUCACUCUCUGUCAUCAAUGCCACAGCAGAAUUUCAACCAGCCUAUGCCACAAAUUCCACCAGUCAAUCAACAAAGAUCACCAUUGCAGAAACCUAUUCAAUCAUCUCAGGAAUUGCCACCUUCGCACCAGUUGUAUCCUCAAGCACCGAUGCCCUAUCCACAAACGUCAACACUUUCAUCUCUUAGGCAGCAUGGUCAGCCACAACUUCCCCUCUCUGCUGGUCCUCUUACUUCUCAGCCAGUACAUGGAAUAAGUGGGCAAUUUCCAACUUCUCAGCCCCAAACUCAGCAGAGUACUUUCUCUGCUGCAAUUCCUCAGACCCCUCUUGAUACCAACAUGCAAUCAAGUACUGCAUUGACUACUCCAAAUCAACAGCAAGUUCCUCCCUCUGUGCAGCAGCAGCCACUUCAACCUCUUCAGCAGUCCCCUUCUCAAUUAGCUCAGAUGUUGUCACAACAAACACAGACUUUACAGGCAAGUUUUCAUUCAUCUCAGCAGGCAUUCUCCCAGCUUCAACAACAGUUACAGAUGAUGCAACCUUCUAGUCAAGCAUUAGCACUGCAGCAAAAUGCAGAAGCUACUAAAAAGCAGUCUCAAUGGGCUAGAACUGUGGCUCAGGCAGCAGUCAGCACUCAUGCAGCUGUACCUGCUGCAGAUGUGCCUUCAUCCACACCUGCCAGUGCUACUAGUACCUUACCAGCAAUAAGUCAGAACAUGGUUCUUGCUAAAUGUAAUUGGACAGAGCAUAUAUCUCCUGAGGGCUUCAAGUACUACUAUAACAGUGUCACUGGUGAAAGUCGGUGGGAGAAACCUGAGGAGUUGACAUUAUAUGAACAGCAAAAGCAACAGCAAAGGUCUUCAGUGCAGCAAUCUCAAACUCAGUCACAACCUUCAUUACUACCUGCCCAGCAAGUUGCACAAAUCCAACAGGUUCAGCCUCAAAGUCAUCUACAAGGGCAGGUUCUCCAUCAUCAACAAAUACAGCAGCCUUUGUCUUCUUCAGCAUAUGGAGUUGCAGGUCAUCAAAGUGCUCAGGAAAUUGGUUAUAAACAGUUACAUGCAUCGGUUAUUUCUGCUGGUGAUCCUGGACGGUAUUCUCAGGGUAUUCAUUCUACACAAGAGUUGAUUUGGAAAAAUUAAACUGCAGGAGUUUAAACUUUGAUGGGUUGAGCCUGAGGUGACACAGAUGUUGCAGCUUUUAAAUGGCUGAGGAACAGAAUCUGUUGUCUAAUGCUUAAAGGUAGGGGACCACCACCUUCAUUUUGAUCCUAGGUGACAUGUAACACUUUAUUUGCAUUCACGAGUUAUUAUGGUCCUCAUUGUUGAGGUUUGACUAUCACUUGCUCGCUCAGCACUAAGGAUGUCGGAUUCAAUAUACAUGGCAAGGAAAUGACGUACCCAGAUCGUCCUGUAACAUAAACUUUGUUUUUAAUAUAAAUUUUUAAGUAAACCAU